CCACGCCGCUCGUAACGAUAACAUAAAGGACGACCACAGCAAUUUUUCGAAAUCAUUUGGAGGCUCACGCCAUGGCGGACAAAACUAUUCUGACUGCGAAUGUAAGUGGGACUGUCGAUCCAAGAGAUGGUGGCAAGGAUCCAGAGGCCUAUAAAAUUACUGUCGUUUUCUGCGACGGUACCAAGACGGUUUUACGAAAGAAAUACGAAGAAUUUGUCGACUUGCAAGUUAAGGUGUACGAGUUGCUAAAAAAGAAAGGUGGCUACUCCAGGAAAACAUCGAGGACUCUCGUUUCUAGCUUGCCAGAAAACAACUCAGCACUGUCCAGAAUUCUUUUUAAGGAUGAUAAUUUGAAGAAGAUGGGAAGAAUAGACGAGUUUAUGAAGGAGCUAUUAACCCUUCCAACAUCUGUGAGAGAUUCAGAGGCUAUAAAGACUUUUUUUGGUUUCUUCGACGAGCAGCAAGGAAAAGCAAACAGAUCCCGUGAGGAAGAACUGAAGAAGGUGACCAAAGUUGCUGAAAUACUUAGCGGAAGAGAUCCACUUAGGAAUCUGCCCAAUCAAAGUCCAGUGACAAAGCGAAAAUCAAAUCACGAUUCCACUUGGAUGCCAGAGGAUUUGAGUAUGCUUAGUGAAGAGGCGAGAGCUCAUCUUUAUCAAAAGCUGAACAGACUUAGCGAGAGGCGUCCAAGCAAAGAGAUUCCAUCUCUACCCGGCGGUAAAAUAAGAGCAGUCUCCGUUGAUGAUGACGUUCUGGUGAGGCCAAAAGGACCUCCAAGACCAGGCCUGACAAGGAGGCCAAUCAGCGUCCCGGUGGGAUUAGCCAGCAUGGUUAGGGAAAGCGAUGAGUUAAAGGAAAACCGUCCAAGCACUCCCAAACUUUUAAAAGGUAAAGUUCCUUCGUUACAAACUCUCAAUGAAUUGAACAGGCAAGACUCUGGAAGCGAAAGCAGCAUCUCAGCACUAACGGACACGUCAGCCAUUGACUCUGAGUUUUCCGAAGUAGACGAGCCACGCUCAAGAAAGAUAUCAACCCAAUCUAGUGUGAGGAGUAUUCAAGGUAGGACAAGCCCAAGCAAGAAAAAGUAUGUUGCUACCUCAGCAUUCAUUGCAGAAGGAACUGGUGAAGUUUCCCUGGAGGAGGGUGAAGAAGUCGAGGUCCUGCAGAAAGAAUCCAGUGGUUGGUGGUAUAUAAAAAAUGACUUUUGUGAAGGAUGGGCACCAGAGGCAUUUCUUGCACCAUCUCAAGGAUCAAGGUCUUCAUCUCCUGGGUCCCAGGUUCCGCCCCAGAGUUUGGGAAGCCAAGAUCAAUCAAGUGAAAUAAGGUCGAGGAUGGAAUCGCUUUCAGAAAGCCCGGAUGUAAAAGAGGAGGAAGUUGAUCCCCAAAUAAAAGUGAAGUCCUUGGAACGUCACGUGGAAAGAGGUUCUCAAAAGAAGCAGGUAGAAAUGAAUCGACGACCCAAGUUUCUCACUAUUGAGGGAAUACAGAAGCGAAAAAACCCAGACAAAAACUACGUUUACAUCCUCAAAGUGGUUUGGUCAGACGGAAACAUCAAUAUCAUCUACAGAACUUGCAGCGAUUUUUUCUUUCUUCAGGAAAAUCUCAGAAAGGAAUGUCCGAGUGCCAUUGGAAAGGAGAUUCCUGCUUUGAAAGGAAGAAAAUUCACGGAGAACUGCCAGUUCUGCUUCAAGGAUGGAACCUGCAAGAGACAAAAAUUUAUGAACCAGUUUUGCCAUGAACUGGUCAAUGCACCUGACCACAUCUCUAGAAGCAACAUUGUCAUGAAUUUUUGCAGGUCUCGACCCAGCGAUGUUCUUCCUCAUGGAGAAGUUGGAAAGAAGGAUGGAAAGUCCUCGGGCGAUGAUGAUGAGAACGUACAGAUCUCUGGUCCAGUAGUUUUUGAGCAAUAUGAAGUAAUAUGCGAUUACAAGAAGAAGAACAAGAAUGACAUUUCCCUGACAGCUGGAGAUGUUGUUGACGUAAUUGAGAAGAAUGAUUAUGGCUGGUGGCUUGUUGAUCGUGAUGGAGAGUUAGGAUGGGCUCCUGCAUCUCAUCUUGAGCCCACAGAUGAUGGGGCAGAGGUUACUUCAGCGAAACACUUUGCACCAGGAAAAGAGGAGAUCUACGUGUCAAUUAAAAGCUAUCAAGCUACAGCUGUGGAUGAACUGUCUUUUGAUGCUGACGUUAUGUUAAAGGUGGUUGAGAAGACUCUGGAUGGAUGGUGGCUCGUAAGGUAUCAGGGUGAGGAAGGAUGGGCACCUGCCAUGCAUCUAAAAAGGGUGAAUUCAGACGAUUCAGCGAAUGCGGAAGACAGCACUUUGGAUCAAUUAAACAUCGGCUCCUACGAUGAAGAGCCUACCAACGAUGAAAGCCCGCGAAUUCCCCGCACCGCUCCUACUCGCCGAAGUCAAGUCCAAAAAACGGGACGAAUUAGACAGAAGAGAAACUCCCAUGAGCUUAAUGGAGUCCCAGAGGAAAAGGACAGUGAAGAAAAAUCCACAGAAGAAACACCAUCACUGCCAGUACAAGUGAGUAAACCUUCUCUGGCUAAAAGGAUUUCGGGAAAUAACUUGCCUCUACCAAGAUCACCCUCACGACCACUCUCCAGCGAGCUUUCCCAUGGAGACGUGGCUCGCCAGUUCUCCAUGUCAAGCAGUGGGUACGAAAGUUCUCCAACUGGCAGCCUUACCUCCCUCGUAUCUGACGUUUUUCCCGAGGAUGUUUCGCCUAGGGGAAUGAAGAAGUGCGCAACACUACCACAGUUUGACCACAUUCAGGCUCAGAUUUUGACCACGCAAAACUCUCCGGAGAUUCCACGUUCACGAUCUGUAACGUCUAUGGCACAAUACAAGAAGGAAUUAGAGUUGAGUCUCAAUGGUGUCCAAUCACGAGUCAGAAAGCCCAGCUCAGGAAGAAGCAGCCCUGUUCCCACCCAGAGAAAGAUUUCUGCAUCCAAUAGACUGAGUCCACUAGCUACUUCACCCUCCAGAAGUCGGGAGUUUGGUGCAGCAUCGCCUCAAAAGUUGUUGUCACCGAGAGACCCGAUGUCGAUGAUUGACGAUGACAACUAUCAAAGCAGCGGUUCUGAUUACAACAAUGGGGAUCAAAUUGAAUCAAGGAUGUAUAAAGUUAUUUAUACAUACAUUGCUCAAGAAGAUGGUGAGGUCAGCCUUAUCGAAGGAGAUGAUGUUGAAGUAAUUCAAGCGAGCGAAAAUGGUUGGUGGCUCGUUCGAACCUCCGAAGAACUUGGUUGGGGACCUUCAAAUUUUCUACAAGUGAUGACUUGUUAAGCUCUUGCUUUAAAAGGAGAGAAAAAAUGAACAGGAAGUGAACUUUUCUACCAAAUAGGCCACACGCACAUACGGUCGUAAAAAACUAUUACUGGGUAGAUGUAAAACACCUGUGCUUUUUGCUGGAACCUGAGUGUGUAAUAUUGCAAAAUGCUCAUCGCCAUACCAAAAGUGAAUAAGUCCUUUUCAGUUGAUCUUGACCAAGAGAGAAGUGGAGGAAAUAAGGCGCAAGUUUUAAACGCAGUUUUUCCUGACCAAUACCAUAAUUUUCUCAUUGCCUAUUAUUCCAAUUGGCGUGUCUAUUCCGAAUCUGACUCUUCUUCUAAAAAUUUAUAAAUCGUGCCACUACUUUAAAAGAGUAUUCAAAGGUACUUCGUAAAAGAUAUCAGUAAACAUGAAAAAAUGUGCGCGUUACAUUUUCCUUUGAUACAUUUAAUACGGAAAAAAAAACAUUUCGAAAGGAUUUUUUUGCUUAUUUAUUCUUCACGGAUCACAGCUAAAGCGAUAAAUGAUGAGUGAAGACUAGUGUUAAACUGUAGAUUACAUUAUUAUUAACUUAAGGAGCCAGUUGAUCUUAUCACUUGCUUAUAGCGAGCGCGUCUUACGAAAACAUUGUAAAAUAAAACCGGUAGAGCAGAAA